CCAUGCGCGAUUCGCCAUGUUGAUAUCCGCAACAGCAGCCAAACAGCGGAGGCGGCUGGUCAAGAGGCUGUGAUCUGAAUGUUUUCUUCAUUACGUUUAUAUUGCUCCUCGUUAUCAAGUUUAACAACACCGGUUACUGAAGCACCGUUAAACUGUGAUUUCUGCUACUUUGUCGAUGUAUACAGGAACUCGGAAAUAAAACACCUAAAAACAGCAACAAAUCCAGCGUAGGCCCCGUGUUAGAAAGAAGACAGCUGGAGUUAUUAACCGGCAAGGAAACUCAGAAAAAAAAAGUUUCUCUUGUUUUUGUUCUCCUAACAGCAGCAGGGCCGGAUCAGAGGAAGUCAUUUAAAGCAAUCUGGUAGUUUUUCAUUAACUUGUGUUGAGGACCUGUUUGCCUUCAGUAGUGUCUAUCAGAGGUGGAAAAUAUACAAAUUGGUGUAACUGCUCUCACGUGUCUGCGUUUACCAGCUCUGGAUUUGUGAAAUCUCUGUAGUUCAUCGUGACACUUUCUUUUUGGUGCCUUUGUGCACCCCCUACUUCUGCCCCUCGCCCUUCAUUAUAAACACAAAGACUGAAGUGUUGAAGGUAGCGAGGGGGUAGAGGCCAAUAAUGUCUAUCACCAACACACCAACAAGCAAUGAUGCUUGUCUAAGUAUUGUUCAUAGUUUGAUGUGCCACAGGCAAGGUGGAGAGAGUGAAACUUUUGCAAAAAGAGCAAUUGAAAGCCUAGUGAAGAAGCUUAAGGAGAAGAAGGAUGAAUUGGACUCUCUUAUAACAGCCAUCACCACUAAUGGAGCUCAUCCCAGCAAGUGUGUUACUAUCCAAAGGACUCUUGAUGGAAGAUUACAGGUUGCUGGACGGAAAGGAUUUCCUCACGUUAUCUAUGCUCGACUUUGGAGGUGGCCAGAUCUUCACAAAAAUGAACUGAAGCAUGUCAAAUACUGUCAGUAUGCCUUUGACCUGAAGUGCGACAGUGUGUGUGUGAACCCCUAUCACUAUGAACGGGUUGUGUCUCCAGGCAUUGACUUAUCUGGCUUGACUUUGCAGAGCAAUGCUCCUUCAGGUCUUCUAGUCAAGGAUGAGUAUCAUGAUUAUGUGGAGGGACAGCAGUCUUUCUCCAGUGUGGAAGGGCAUUCAAUCCAAACCAUUCAACAUCCUGCUAGUAGCCGAUCAGUUAAUGAACCUUACACAAUGCCAUCUAUUUUAAAUAAUCCUGAGUCUAGUAGUUCAACUUCAACUAGCUUUCCCAGCAUUCCUGUGGCCUCUUCAAGCCAGCCGAACGCCAUUUUACCAGGAAGUCACACUGAUAACCUCCUUCCGAUAACCUCAGGAACUCCACAGGGGUCACAGCAGAAUGGUUUCCAGGUUCACUCUACUAUCUAUCAUCAUAGUUCAAACUCUUCAUGGUCAGGAAGCAGGAUGGUUGCACAUACUCCCAACUUGCCUCAUCACCAAAAUGGGCAUGUGCAACAUCACCCUCCUCUUCCUCAUCUUGGGCACUACUGGCAAGUACACAAUGAUCUUGCAUUCCAGCCUCCAAUCUCAAAUCAUCCAGCUCCUGAAUACUGGUGCUCAAUUGCCUACUUUGAGAUGGACGUUCAAGUAGGGGAGACUUUCAAAGUCCCUUCAACCUGCCCUGUGGUCACAGUGGAUGGAUAUGUGGAUCCUUCAGGUGGUGACCGCUUUUGUCUUGGACAGCUCUCCAAUGUACACAGGACAGAAGCAAUUGAGAGAGCCAGGUUACACAUUGGUAAAGGUGUUCAAUUGGAGUGCAAAGGGGAAGGAGAUGUCUGGGUUAAAUGCCUUAGCGACCAUGCUGUUUUUGUUCAGAGUUACUACCUGGACAGGGAAGCAGGCCGUGCACCUGGAGAUGCUGUUCACAAGAUUUAUCCAAGUGCAUAUAUCAAGGUGUUUGACCUGCGUCAGUGUCAUCGCCAGAUGCAACAGCAAGCUGCCACAGCUCAGGCCGCAGCUGCUGCGCAGGCUGCAGCAGUGGCAGGUAACAUCCCUGGGCCAGGCUCUGUUGGAGGAAUUGCACCAGCAAUUAGUUUGUCAGCUGCAGCUGGUAUUGGAGUAGAUGAUCUUCGAAGGCUUUGUAUUUUACGGAUGAGCUUUGUGAAGGGUUGGGGACCUGACUACCCUCGACAGAGCAUCAAGGAGACUCCUUGUUGGAUUGAAAUCCACUUACACCGAGCUCUGCAGCUCCUCGAUGAGGUCCUGCACACUAUGCCUAUUGCAGACCCUCAGCCUCUGGACUGAAGGGGGUGCGGAUGAUCUCUGCUUUGCAGAAACAUGGACUUUCACAUUCAUUUUGUUUUAAAAUUUGAUUUUAAUCUUUUUUUCCUCCCUGUGUAUUUUUAGAACAAGCGGAAGCUGCAGUUGAGAUCUAUGGAACAGUAUUCAAGGCUAUUGUUUUGUAGUAGGGCCUU